CCCGUUACCCGCAAUUGGGUCGACCCGAUCCGACAAGACGCAAAUCCGGCUCUAUUUCAUUUAUGCGACCUAAAUCUCCCUUUCUCCCCCUCGACGUCGCGACAACGCGCCCUAAAUCCCUUUGGUUGCGAAGAUGCUCUUCUUCUCCUACUUCAAGGAGUUGGUGGGGAAAGAAGUGACGGUUGAACUGAAGAACGAUCUCGCCAUCAGAGGGAUCCUCCACUCCGUCGACCAGUACCUCAACAUCAAGCUCGAGAACAUCCGGGUCGUAGACCAGGACAAAUACCCUCACAUGUUGUCCGUGAGGAAUUGCUUUAUCAGGGGAUCAGUGGUGCGGUAUGUCCAACUACCGCCUGAUGGUGUCGACAUCGACAUUCUUCACGAUGCCACCAGGAGAGAGGCUCGUGGGCCUUGAUUUCUUCUACAGCCGUAUGUGAUUCUCUCUAAAUGGUCAAUGAUUCAAAGUUCCUCCAAGCGCUAUGCUUUGCUAUGCUAUUUUUUUUUUUUUGUUUUCCAAUGAUCCCGUUACACAAGUACUUAGUCUUCCAGCUGUGGACGCAUGCAACUCCAAAGUGAACAGCUUUCUACC